CGAUGCUGCUCAGUGAAGCCGGCACUAGGUGGUUAGGGACAAGCAGGGUGCCUGUCUCUUUUUGGAUCUGAGAGACGCCGAGUCCCCUGGGGAAGGGACUCCCGAGGGGAGUGCCUACCUCUGUUUACCCCGCAGCAUUGCCAGCAAACUCGUGGACCCCAGUUCCUUCCCCCGCGAAGCCCCGGCAGCGUCCCGGAAAGGCCAUUCCGCCCCGCGAGGGAAACGGAGCCGUUGACCAUGGUUGCAACCGGCAGCUUGAGCAGUAAGAACUCGGCCAGCAUUUCAGAGUUGUUGGACCGUGGCUUCCACUCUGGGAGCCUGCUAAGUGAUUUUGACUACUGGGAUUAUGUUGUUCCUGAACCCAACCUCAACGAGGUGAUAUUUGAGGAGACAACCUGCCAGAAUUUGGCUAAAAUGUUAGAGAACUGUCUGUCCGAAUCAAAGCAAACCAAACUUGGUUGUUCAAAGGUCCUUGUCCCUGAGAAACUGACCCAGAGAAUUGCUCAGGAUGUCCUCCGGCUCUCCUCCACUGAGCCCUGUGGCUUGCGAGGUUGUGUUAUGCAAGUGAACUUGGAAAUUGAAAAUGUAUGUAAAAAGCUGGAUAGAAUUGUGUGUGAUUCUAGCGUGGUGCCUACUUUUGAGCUUACACUUGUGUUCAAGCAGGAGAACUGCUCUUGGAAUAGCUUCAGGGACUUUUUCUUUAGCCGAGCUCGCUUCUCAUCUGGCCUCAGGCGAACUGUGAUCCUCAGCUCAGGAUUUCGACUUGUUAAGAAAAAGCUUUACUCAUUGAUCGGAACAACAGUCAUUGAAGAGUGCUAAAAAGAAAAAGGAAAAAAGGUUCUUUAUAUGAUUGGGUAAUAAAACUAUGCAGCUGCUCAAUUAAAGACAUUUGUAGUUUGCCCUGCCUAGCCUCAACAAGAAACCUUGAGUUUAGGUCAUCUUCUGUUUCACAUUCACAGCAACCCUAGCUAAAAGGUUGAUUUUUUUGACUUUUGAAAAAUGUCCCAAGAGAGUAUGCAUUUUAUGCAUAUGUCAUAUUUUCUAUGGAAUGGAAUGGAAUAAGGAAGGAAAUUAACAGUCGACUUCAAUUUCAUAUUUGACUCACAAAUUUCUCCAGGUAGUCUUACUAAUAGGAAUAUAAACCAAAUUUGCUUAGUGUGAUUUUUAACAUGGCUUUUGAUCCUUUAAGUUCUUAAAGAGAUCUUUUAGGUCACAGCAUCUUAGUAAAUGAUACUUAGCUAUCAAAAUUUCCAGAAGCAUUUCUAUCACAAUUUCCUUCUUUUAUUCAAAUUUGAAGGGUUCUUAUACAGCAGAGUAGAAUUAAGUGGAUGAGGUUAAUGAAAAUUUAACCCUAGGCAAGAGUGAGUAAGAAAUGUUACAGAAACAACAGAACUACUUCACGGUUUCCUUGUAUCUUCCCCACUCUCCUAUUUUAAAGAAGUGGCAAAAACUUGAAUCGCAGUUUUGAUAACCACAGUAUUACUUUAAAUGACUUUAUGGUACAAUUUAAGCUCAGUUUUUCUAGUUCUCAAAGUAUGGAAUGUUGUCUUUAAACUAGAAAAAUGAAAAAUGUUGAACUAAUUUUUUGUGUGUUGAUGGGUCUUCCAUUGAGUGAACGGUGAUUGUGGAUGGGGAAGGGAAAUGAGUUCUCAGAUCCAGUUCCUCUCUGAUUCACUUGAUUUUAAUAUAGCUUCUUUUCAAUAUUACAUUUACUUAAUAUCAGAUGAACCAUCUCACCAUGUCAGUGUUAUUUCACCUCUGGCCUUUUCUGGAAAUUGACAUAUCUCUCCCUGCCCCAAAUCUUCAAAAGAACUGCACGUGACUAAUUUUAAUUAUUAAGAUGGGCAUAUUUAUAAUUAUGCUUUGGCCAUGGAGAUCUGGUUUAUAGUACAGACUAGUGAAUGAGCAAGAGUACAUCCUUGCCAUAGGUAAUGGAUAAGGAGCUGAUUCAGGUUUCUGCCCAAGCAAUUAGGAACCUCUUCAUAUACCUGAGGCCAGGGCCUGAAGGUUUGGGAUGCUUUCAUCCUGAUUUUACUCAAAAGUGGGUGUGAACUGAUAUUUAUGAUCCCAUAAGUGACCUAAAAUUUAGCUAUUCAAUUUAGCAAGUGUUCUAAUAAAUUGGACUCUUCAAAUGCUUGAAAAGAGACCACAAGGCAUAUCUUUUCUGGGGAUUGGACUUUAUUCUACAUGGUUAUUACUGUUUAUGGCUUUAAAGGUCACUGUGUUUCUGUAGCUGAUUUAGAGUCGUCACCACUGUGGUAGAGGUUUCUUUGGCAUGGAUGUAGAGCUGUCGUCCUUUUCCCACUAACAGUUGUCUUUGACUCUCUUGCCUUUUAUGCUUAUGCAAUGAUGAUGGCUUAUGGAGGCUCUUAAAUUAAUAUUCCUGUUAAAGGAAAUUAAAGUUUGUCUAUUUUUGACAAUAAAGUAUCAUAUAUUUUUA